AGAUUUCCGGAUUGACUCCACCCGAAAUCAUGCCAGAAAAACGGAUCCACAACAAUUUGCACGACCACACCUUCCUUCCCCUCCUCCCGUGUGCUUCCUUCCCCAUUGCCGCGAGUCGACCCGGCCUCUGGUCGUUGCCCGCGCUACUACAAGCCGCCUCCGACCUCCUCUGCCGGACACCAUGGCCAUGGAGCAAAGCUCCGUCGGACCUUCCCAACCAGAUCAACGAUGACGACGAGCGGAUCAGCCAACCCUUCCGCCCUAGUUAUAUGAAGAACCUGAUUGGUGAAGCUAAUUAUGAAAUCUGCCAGGAAAGGUUCAGCACCACUGCAAAUGAUUAUUCUUAUAUGUUGCAUUACACUAGCAUGAGUACAACAGAAGGGAAGUGGCAGAGAGGGAAUGACAAAGGCAGGCCUAAGAAUGGUCCUUACAUUCUUCUAUCUCCUAUUUAUUGCAUGGGUCGCCAUCAUGAGUGGGCAUUUGCUUACUGGGCAAUGGAGUAGAACCCACAUAUGGUUAUUUGAACAUGCUGGAAAUGAGCGCUUGCCCAAAACUGAAUUAGAAGGAGAGAGGUCUAAGGAGGCAAACUUCAUCGACAAGUCACUGUCUGCAUUGGGUGAUGCUAUUGCUUCCCUUACCUUCAAAGCGCCCACGUGCAUGUUUAUUCACCUUCGUUUUUGUUUUGUACUAUCACUGAAACUGAUUGUGUGCAUGCAACAGUUCAUUAGUGCCUAUAUAAUUGAUUAUCCAUGACAAAAAAUAGCUCUUUGUAGUGUUCUCUAUUCUUGAGGCUGUCGAAAACGCAAUGCUUAUAAAGAGUAAACUUUUUAAUGUCACCAUCAAGGGAUUUAUUUUAUAGAUUGCAGUGGCUUUGCCAAAGUAUCAAGGCAACCAUUUAAAGGUUGGCGACAAUGAGGCACCGAGAAAGAAGAGCGCAUCUGUGGCUUUGUCUAACUUGUCGAGACCAGGCUCACGCUAUUGCUCAUAUCUUGCUUGUUAAAAUUCACAUCUUGUGAUAAGCAAGUUGCACUGAUUUUUCCAAGUGCAUUCCCAGUAUUGUAGUAUUUCUUUCUUCAGAUGCAUCAUUGUAUUUUUAUAAAUGCAUGUUCCAGUGUAGUAGUUCUUUGUUUUCCAAAUGCAUGUUCCAGUGUAGUAGUUAAUUGUUUUCCAAAUGCAUGUUCUAAUUCAAAUAAUUAGUUUCAAGGUGCGGCCAUCAUAUGUCAUAACGAUCAUUCUUAACCUGCAAAUUUUUACUCCCUCUGUUCCUAAAUAUAAGUCUUUUAGAGAUUCAUAUAUGGACUACGUACGGAGAAAAAUGAGUGAAUCUACACUCUAAAAUAAGUCUAUAUACAUCCGUAUAUAGUCCAUAUUGAAAUUUCUAAAAAGACUUAUAUUUAGGAACGGAGGGAGUAGUUUUGAGUUGUAGUCAAGUUAGAUAGCUUUUAGUUCGCAACUUCAUUGUCUGGUUAUUGUAGCUUUAUACAUGACAUUGUCUUUUUUGUAUCUUUCAGAGAAUUAGAGGAGGCACAACCAACUAAGAAUCAUGUCAGGUGAAAGGUACAAGUUAUUGUCACAUGGAUGCGCACAUGGUGGUUAUCCUAGGGCAUAUGGUAGUUUUUUCGAUAGAAGAAUUAAAGGAGUAGCAUCACCAGAGAUAUGUGACUGGACUUUUGUGUACGCUCAAUUACCCAUUAAGUACUGAAUUUUGUGCAAUUCAACACAUGAGUUGUGGUCAGAUUUAAGAGGGGAUUUAGUUUGUUUCGAUUGA